CUUCACUUUAUCUUAUUGUUGUCUUGCCUGAACUGUCAUCUUUCCCGGUGUUGAUACAUUUUUGUGGAGUGAUUUUGGACCUUGGCUAUCCUACUAAAACUCAUCCCCGUCAUUCCUUUCGGAUCGACUCGUAUUUGAAAUACCGAUUGUCCCACUUGAAGCGCUAGAUAAUCUUGCUGCCUGCCUUCCCAGCGUCAGCGGCUGUGUCUGGUUUCUAGAAGGCUGCAGGUUAUCUAAUCGUUUAUGCGCGAUGGAUCACCGUUGACGAGCCUAAAGGUCACUUGAGUUCAUUGAAAUCAACCCCGACACCCUGCCAUUUUCCCCAGAUAUCCGUGAUGGACCAUGAAGAGGAGGCUCCUCCGCCGUAUUCCGCUGUCGAUCCGCUCACUCGAAAUGCCAUUGCAUCGGCCGAAGUGAAUCGGGUCAUACUCCGUCUCCGAGGGGGAGAUGUCUCAUUUGGGGAUACUGCAUCAAGCGAUAGCUCCAGUUCCGUUGUACUCGCCUCCUCUCCGCUUACGCCCGCCAACUUCACCUCCGCUGCCGCUUACUUUGUUGAACGCCCAGUCCCUACCGUUGACAAUGGACGGCCGGUCCUCGAGCAUCACCUAACCAUCUACCCCCGGAGUCAAUCUAAGGACUUCCCUCGUCGCCCUCGUUGCUGGGGUUCACGCACUGAGCACAUCAUCCAGCAGGACUGGGACAUGUUCUUGCGAUAUUUGUUUCCUCCACAUCUCGGCCUCGCCUCCUCCUCCGAUCAAUUACCUCGCCAGGUUAGGGCUCAGAUCCAACGAGAUCGCAAAGAUCGCCCACAAGAGACAGAUGAGCAGCGCCGGAAGCGAAUAUCGGCCGUUAUCACAGAAUGGAACCAAUACUUCUUCGAACCCCGCGCAACGUGCAUCACAUUUUCCUACGUCACCGACCCACAAAAUGCACCGGCAUCUCCUCUUUGCCCUAGAUGCUAUCCUGCUGCCACGCGGGUCUCGCAGGAGAAUCGGACAGCGGUGACGGUGCGGCCUACUCCAUCAUUAACUUCGAGACAACCCAUGUCACCUCUGUCGCCUCCAGCAAGUAAUCGCCACUCUCCUGCACCUUAUGCAUACCCGAGUCCACAACAUCCACAGCUGCCUCCUACUCCACAUACACCCUACGGUGUUCCUCAAUACUACCAUCCUCCACCUCCUCACCAUCCUACAUACCCUUAUACCCCCCAGCCACAUAUUCCCUAUCAACACAACGCUUCGUGGAACUGGAAUGCUACAGCCUGGCCCCCUCCACAGCAAAACUCGAGUUCUAAAAGUGGACCACUGGGUUGGAUAUCUUCGCUAGCUUCCCAGGCCCAGAAGUACGGCGAGCGCAUCUCGGAGCACGCUGCGCAGUAUGGGGAUCAGAUCAGUGCGCAAGCCUCCCAUUAUGGCCGACAGGUAGAAGAGCACGCCAUGGCGCAUGGUCGGUGGAUAGAAGAACAAGCCAGUCUCCAAGGACGAAAGGUGGAAGAUGUUUUCACCGGUCUGGUCCACCGACCCCGCAACGAAUGGCCUGCGACUGACGCUCGCGGCCAAGUUUACUAUCCAAACGCGUAUAACUAUCCCUAUCCACCGGUCGCCAACGCUGUCGAGCCUGCCGAGCCUGUCAAACCUGUCGAGCCCGCUAGCACACUACCUGUCCAACGUAUCCGUAGAUUAUCCACUGGUUCGGCCUCCUCCGACUCGUCGUUGGAAUCGAUUGACUCGUUAUCCACGACGUCGGAGCUAAGCACCUCCGAUCUGGCUACGGUUCGGGCGCAGCUCUUAUCGCUCGAAGACCACCAUGACCGCGAUUUGCAUGAAGCAGCGGUAGGGCUGCGACGGCAGCUCACCGUUUUGCAAGAGUCUCGCCGUCGGGACCGGCUCGCCGGACGCAAUUGGCGGCAGGGGUGGGGCCAGUAUCCACAGCAGCAUGGCUACGGGCGCGGCUGGGGAGGACGAUGGGAAUCGCCCCAGCAACAUGAACGAAGUGCGGCUGAGAAACGAGCCCUGAAAGAGGAGACGCGGGCCACGCGGAAGGCCUUCCGGGACGUCCUGCGGCGAGCGAGGGAGGAGCAUAAGGAGCAGCGACGGACCAAGCGCAAUCGACGCCGUCUGGAACGGUCUCGCCAAAUAGAAACCGCUCCGCCGGAGCCAACUCUCGAGCAACAGGUGCAGAAUCUGGACCUCGACCAUAACCGGGAGAGUCAGUCGACGGUCCAAUCUUUUACAUCCAUUCCUUCUCCGGCACGGUCCGUUGCCGAGAUUAGCGUGAUCAGCUCAAUCAGUACCUCUAGCACUGUAUCUUCGCAUCAUCUUGAGGAAAAUGAGCCUCAAAAUAGUGGUAAAGAAAUUCAAAAGGAGGCUGAUAAGGCCAAGCAAAGCCCGAAGGAGACGGAAAAGAUCAAGCGCAAGGAGGUACCGGGCCUAGAAAAGAAAGACAAAAAGUCCGGUUAACUCCAAGCUUCUGAACAUUUGAGUUAUUGAGCAAUUGCAUGGCAUGGAAUCCGUGAUUGGUUAUUUGGGGGGUU